GUAGAAGUAAGAACGUGGUCAGGGGCGUACUUGGAGCAUUUUAGGGUGUAGAUGUCUAGCAGAACCACUUUGAAAUUCCUUCAAGAAUGUCAAGGCGUUUCAAAAACUCUUCCGGGUAGGGUGACCCCUUCAACCCCCCCUUAAAUUCGUUACACCCUCCGAGAACUUGUUUAUUUACCCGCGAGUAUCGAUAGCCCGUUCGAUAGGCAGGCAAUCGAUGGCUGUGCAGCUCUGUUGAACACAAAAAAAAUUACCACGUGAAGCGAAAUUUGCGAAAUUGCCGAAUUUCAUCACGGCGUUCAAAUAGUUUUCCGGCCUUAUAAACCAAACCCAGGGGAUCCCAGCGUUCGGGCUCAGUCAGGCCAGGAAAUCAGCUCAGAGAGAAACCCACAGAGGAAGCACCAACCGGAACUUACAGAGAACAUGGCGCUGCGCGUGCAAUUCGAGAACAACGACGACAUCGGCGUCUUCACAAAACUCACCAACACAUACUGCCUGGUGGCCAUCGGCGGAUCCGAGACCUUCUACAGCGCCUUCGAGGCGGAGCUGGCCGAGACCAUCCCCGUGGUGCACGCCAAUGUGGGCGGCUGCCGGAUCAUAGGACGCCUCACCGUGGGCAACAGGAACGGCCUACUGGUGCCCAAUUCCACCACCGACGAGGAGCUGCAGCACCUGCGCAAUAGCCUGCCGGACGCAGUCAAGAUCCAGCGCGUGGAGGAGCGCCUGUCGGCGCUGGGCAACGUUAUCGCCUGCAACGACUAUGUGGCUUUGGUCCAUCCGGAUCUGGACAAGGAGACCGAGGAGAUCAUCGGGGACGUGCUCAAGGUCGAGGUCUUCCGGCAGACCAUCGCCGACAACACACUGGUGGGCUCGUACACCGUGCUGAGCAACCAGGGCGGCAUGGUGCACCCCAAGACGAGCAUACAGGACCAGGACGAGCUGUCGUCUUUGCUGCAGGUCCCCCUCGUUGCCGGCACAGUGAACCGGGGCAGCGAGGUCCUCGCCGCCGGCAUGGUGGUCAACGACUGGCUCUCCUUCGUGGGCAUGAACACCACGGCCACAGAGAUCUCGGUGAUCGAGAGCGUCUUCAAGCUGAACCAGGCCCAGCCAGCCACGGUGACGACCAAGCUGCGAGCAGCCCUCAUCGAGGACAUGUCCUAGGCGAAAUUAACCACUUUUUACACUCGAUCUAAGGAUUUUCUGUUAUCUUCUACACAAUGUCAACUAAGAAAUACACCACACAAAAUUAAAAGAAGCCCGAGCAGCGUCACC